AUGUCGACGUCCACACCCGAGCCGCCCAAGGCAGCCCAGGGCACGCUCUCGGCCUGGGGCAACCACUCGAUGCCGCCCGCGGGCCUCGCGACGCUCAUCACGGCGCUGCACUUCCGGCCGUUCCAGCUGCGGCCCAUGGUGUUCGUGCCCAUCCUCUUCUUCGCGAGCUACAUCAACCUGCAGGGCUUCAAGAAGGACGCCGCCGGCAUCUCGGCCGCCGCCAGCGGCACCUACGCCCUGCUGGCCCUGCGGCGGAGCCCCGCCGCCUUCCUCAAGCGCUUCUCGGUGCGUGGUGUGGUGCGAGGCACCGCCAUCGGGUUGGGAGCCGCCAAUGCCCUGGGAGGGGCCUGGGUCUACGCCACGGCCGACAGGGAGAAGGAGAAGCGCGAGAGGCAGGACAACCCGCGAUGGGUUUAG